GCUCCAUAACGCAAGUAUAAUAAAGUGGUAGAUUUUCUUUAUUCUAAACGGACGCGUUUUUGACUCAAUCACACAAUGGCAGAUGACGAACUGGACGCAAUUCGGAGGCAACGUAUGACCGAACUGCAGGCGAAACAUGGGGACUCCUCAAAUGACCAACAAGGACAGCAGGAGGCCAAGCAGAGAGACUCAGAGAUGAGGAACUCCAUUCUGGCUCAGGUUCUGGACCAGUCCGCCCGCGCCAGAUUGAAUAAUCUGGCCUUGGUGAAGCCAGACAAAGCCAAAGCCGUCGAGAACUACCUCAUACAGAUGGCUCGCUUCGGUCAGCUAGGAGGAAAGAUUACAGACACAGGUUUAAUUGAAAUCCUAGAAAAGGUCAGCCAGCAAACAGAGAAAAAGACAACUGUCAAAUUCAACAGACGGAAGGUCAUGGACUCGGAUGACGAGGAUGAUGACUGAUGUGCGGAGGGCAGGACUAUAGACAGGAUUGUAGGGCUCUGUUGGUAGCAGACCAUCUUUUUACCUAUGGCCCCACACGGGAGGUGCACAUUGGGAUGCCUCAUCCAGCCCUGCGUGGAUCUGGAACUCACAAUACUCUCCCCAUAGAGAUAAAACGUUUCAAAACAAAGAAGCAAACCUGCUUUAUCUCUUUCUAUUUUCAAUUUCUCCAUAUCUCCAUUUUCACCACUGUUAUUUUGUUUUUCUUGCAAGAAAGGAUAUUGUUUCAAAUGUACCUGAUUUGAAGACUGUUCUGUGAAUAUUGUAUGUGUGCUAUUCAAUACUAGCAUGACACAUGACUGGACACCUUGGUAUAUUCAUGUUUUGUUUUGCUGAAAUCUAUUCUACAGUUUACAUGAAUAAACAAAUAUAAAGCCUUAAA